AUGCCUUUCACGCAGAAGCACCCCAAUAUCAAAGCACGCGUUCGCGAUUUGUUCCCGUACGACGACAAACAAAUGAUCAAUAUGAUUUACCACAAUCGCAUGAAUUCGCUACCAAAAGGAACUGUCAAAUAUCAACUGCUACACGAGGUGAUUGGAAAAAGGGAUGGCACGAUUUCUUCUCAAGUCGAAGUUUACAACCUUUUCGAUCUUGAUAAGGAUGGAGUCGUACUUUUUGACAGCCUUAAAAUGGUGGGAUGGCUAAAUUACGUGGACAGUUGCAACCCACCAGUAUCGCCUAUAUUAGUAUUGCUCCAAAAAUAUGGAUUUAAGGAGAUUGAGAUGCUUGAUCAUUUGCAUGCAGACGCAAAGCUUUGUCCUGCUGUCCAUCGUCUAAAGCGUUGA